CCAUUUAAUAUUUUAUUGCCUCCCUUCAAGCAUCUCUUCUCUAAACUGACCAGGCCUGGCCUCGGCCGUCUCUCCUCCUAGGCAAGCCCCUCUGUAGCACUGACCAUCCUUGUUGCCCUUGUCUGGACCUUCUCGAGUUCUUCUCUAUCCUUUUGCAGGUGCGGGGACCGGAACUGGGCGCCGUGUUCAAGGUGUGGACGCACCAUGGCUUCGUAAAGGGGCGUCAUCAUGCUUUCAUUACCAUCCUGCAUCUCCAUAGAUACUUCCGCUAUCAGGUUUAGCAUGAUCCUGCUUUCCCUGGUGCUUCCCGCUCCCUUCCGGGGACACUUCUGAGCUGCCUAGGGGACCGACCUGCGUGUGGUCCCCGACCAUUAAGGGUGGGGUAGGCGGGCACUUGCUGGCAGGCGACCACGGUCUGGGGCAAGUUGUCCCACAUGGCCUGACUGGCUUCCGCAUCAAACCCAUGCUUCCAGAGGCACUUCCAUGCUGCCCGGGGGACCGACCUGCAUGUAGUCCCCGACCUGAGGAGGGGGGUAGGCAGACACUUGGCAGUAGCAGACCCCGGUCUGCAGCCGGUUCUCCCACCUGUCCCUGGCGUCAAACCCACAAGGCAUUUUGAUAUGGGCUGGGGCAGUGGUAGCACUGCCACUGGAGGCUUCGCAUCCUCUGCAGAGAAGGGGCUGCUCGGUAACAAGACAAGUCCUCUCUAGCCUUUUGCAAACGACCAUUCUUCCUGAGUUAAAAUACUUCUGCUGCCACAGUAGAUUUUUCACUCAGUAGAUCAUAAAAACACAGACAAGGAGGGCUGGAAGGGACCUCCGGAGGUCACAUCUAGUCCAACCUCCUGCUCAAAGCGGAACCAGCCCCAACUACAUCAUCCUGCACAAGCCUACCUAGGUCUUAAAAACCUCCAAGUACGGAGACUCCCCCCACCCCUCUGGGUAGCCUGUUCCUGUUACUACUCUCCUUAUGAGAAAGUUUUUCCUAAUAACCAACCUCAACUUCCCCUUGCUGCAGCUUGCGCCCAUUGCUCCUUGUUCAGUCAUCCGCCCCCACUAAGAACAGCCCGGCUCCAGAUGUCACGGUGCGUGACAGCAGCAGCUUCCCCAUUUGAGGGAUGUAGAAGCAGUGGCUAUAGCUAGAUGCAGCUACUAAGGGAACCUAAGAAAUCCUGACUUCUACACACCGAGCUGCUGCAAACUCCACCGCUAGAUAUUUCAACCCGAGUUGCAUAUUCCCUAUGUUUGUUAGUGAGGGUCAAAUCCCCGGCUUCACGGAGGCGUAGCUUUAAAGGUCAAUUUUGUCACCUCUCUACUAACAUGAGUCGAGCCUGUUCCAGUGCUUUACUAUCCCCUCCUCGUGAGAAAGUUUUUCUUAACAUCCAACCUCAACUUCCCUUGCUGCAACGCGACACCAUUGCUCCUUGUCCUGUCGCCACUGCGAACAGUCCAGCUCCAGUCAAGAGGAUUUUAUCUUUUUAUUGAGUCCAAUCCCAUGCGUUUCAACAAAGGAUCCAAGACGGUCCGGCUCGGUCUGCAGACUUCAGGAGAUGCAGAAGCCACCGCUUCCAAUGAUGAAUCAUCUUUACUGUUAUAAAAAAACCAAGAGCACGCCCUAUUAACCAAGCACCCACAGCCAGAAUUUGUCCUUCAGCAACAAAACAGAUCGUGAUUAAUCAGACCGUCUCCGCACUCAGCUUUGUUAUAAAUGCAAACGGCGCGGCCCUCCCUGUCUGCCAGCAAGCACACACUCGCUGCACACGUUGCAUCGGGGCUCUGACAGGCAUCCAGCCUCCUCCGUUUCAGAUCAGCUCCCUUUCCAUCCUGGCUUGAACUUUUGAGAGGAGCCCUAAAUGAAUUACUUCCAGAUGAAAGAACGCAAUGGCAGACGUGAACGCCAAGAGGGUGCCUCCUUUCCUGCAGAAAGGCGUGAAGCCAGAAGAUGGUGGAGGGGACGUGCAGCAACCCAAAGAGGAGAUAAUAGAGGAGCCGUCUCUGCCCGUCAUUGCUCCAUCCUACCCCCAGAUCGUGCAAGAGGAAAUCUCCAUGGUGUUCAACACGUACAACAUGGCAGCCAACCUCGGCCCGUCCUCCAGGAGGAAGAGGGAGAAAGGGGCGGGCCACGAUGGCACGAGCACAGCGCUCUAUGUUGACCGCCGCAAAUCCAAGGUGUGGAACUACUACACCAAGCUGGGGGAUGCCUACGUGGAAUGCAACGUGUGCAAGAAGCAGCUGUCUUUCCACAACAGCACCACCACGAUGCGGGAGCACCUGGUGCGGAAGCACAGCAUCCGUGACACGCUGCUGUCGCAGCUGAAAGAUGACCAGGCAUCUGAGGCCGACUACGCGGCACCGGAGAACGGGAUCAAGCGGGCCAGGCAGAUGACGCCAGAAAACAACCUAUACCACCCCGCACCCUGCUUAGAACCCAGGACCGACAUGAUUCUGGAGCUAGUGCUCGAGAUGAUAUUCCGCGACCUCCACCCGCUCUCCAUGGUGAAAGACAAGGGCUUCGGACUCCUCCUCGGUUACCUGGAGCCGAGUUUCACCCUCCCGUCCCCAGCCCAGCUGUCCAGCAUGCUGUGGCACAGGUACAACGUAGUGAAGCAGCAUCUCGAGCACUACUUGCAAACGGCUCAGUCCGUCGUGCUGUGCGUGGAGUCCUGGAUCUCUCAGCUCAGCCAGCCCUACCUGACCGUCACGGCAAGCUUCAUUGAUGGGGAGUGGCGCUGGGCCCGAUGCAUCCUGGAAACGCAGCCGGUGCACGAGAACAAGGGGGCAAGCGAUUUCGGGGAGAGGCUCUACACUGUCCUGUCCGAGUUCGGGCUGUCCUGCAAGGCCGUGUCCUGUGUGAUACACGACAGCCUGCGCGACACAGCCGCCAACUCGGAGCAACUCCAGGGCACCUACGGCUGGGCAAGCCUGUGCUGUGCUGCCCACUUGCUGGACCUGUGCAUCCAGGCCGGGCUGGAGGUGGAGCAGGUACAAGAGGCUCUGAGUGCCGCCAGAGGCAUCGUGAGGUACUUCCAGCAGGACGCAAAAGCCACCUGUUCCUUGAACAGCAAGUUGGAGGCCAUCAACAAGACCAAGCUGAAGCUUGUCAUGGACGCCAGGCCCCGCUGGAUAACGACCAUCGAGAUGUGCGAGAGCCUCCUGGACCUCAAAUGGGCCAUCAUGUCCGUGCUGGAGGAACACCCCAAGGGCACGGCAGCUGUUCAGAACCUGGCUGACCACCAGUGGAAGCUCUUGCAGGACCUGGUGCCCGUCAUGAGGACAAUUAAGAUCGCCACGUCCUUCUUGCGCGAGGAGCAGAACGUUUCCAUCUCUUCCCUGAUGCCAUGCAUCCACGGCAUCGUCGCUGCCAUCGGACAGCAGUGCGAGGAGUCCAGCAGUGUCAUCAAGACCGUGGUGGGCAACAUACGGGCGCAGCUGAUGCAGCGCUGGGGCAUCUUGGAGGACGAGACGGUGCUGGAAAGCCCGGCUGUCAUCGCCUCCUUCUUGGACCCGCGUUUCAAGGAGAUGAGGUUCCUGAGCCCCACCCUGCGCAGCGAGCUGCACAGGAGGGUCAAAAAUAUGUUGUCGCAGAUGUUUAACCACCAGUCCCCGCCUCCUGCCUCGUUCUGGGUGCCAAACUCAGAUUACAAGGCAGAAGGGGGAGAAGCCGGGGGCCAGCUGCCAGCUCAUAAGGACAGGGGCUCCGGCAGCCAGUCCCAGAGUAUGUAUGACAUCCUUCUGGGGAAGGACCCAACAGAGAGCAUGCCCGAGAUCCACCAGCAACUGGAGAACUACAUCGUGGAGCCACUGUGUAAACGUAGCACCAACCCGCUGGACUGGUGGAGGAACAAUGAGCACCGCUUCCCCGCUGUGGCGAGGAUGAGCCGGCAGUACCUGGCCAUCCCUGCCACAGCUGUGUUGCCAGAUCAGGCCUUCGCUGCCAAUGAGAGUGCCCUGGAGCACCGGCGAGCGGUGCUUGCCCCUGAAAAUCUGGACCAAAUUCUGUUCCUGCACCAGAACUUUGACUUUUUAGAAUCCAUGAGAAACAACAGUGAGAAUCGGGGCAGAAACCUGCACAUCCAGUAUUGAAAACACCGGGGUUGCGGUGGGGGGUGGAGUUCAGGGGUGAAGUUUAACAUGGCUUGAGUCCUGUCUAUCCUAGGAGUGGGGUGCUCAAAAGCACUCUGGUGUAGGCCUCACCUGCCUGUGGAAGUCAGUGGAAGCUGCAGCACCCAAGGGCUGAGUAUUUUCCUCCGAUCCCCUCCUACACGUGCAGCCGCUUUGCGACACUUCUGUCCCGCUUGGAUACAGCUGAUGCAGCCGUGUCAAACCGCGCCAGUUCAUCCGCAACCAUCAUGCUCCCAAGCCAUAUUUGUGCUGCUUCCUUGGAAAUCCCGGCUGCUUCUCCACGAUGCCUCAACGGAGCAAUCACAAGUCUCUAGAGGACGCUGCAGCCCUGGCAGCAGAUGAAGCAGUGCAUUUUAGGAUGUGCAACCACAAGGGGCUAGAUGAACCACUGCCGGCGUAGUUGGAGAUGCUGUCCCUAAUGCAAACAGACAAAGGCAUGGUGGACAAUACAGCCAGGCUAGGAAGAGACAGACUCUUGUCACAGGGUAGGGAGAGUCGCCAUUAGCUGCUAACAAUCACCAAGCAUGAGCCAUAAUGCAUGCAAUUUCAAACCAUGUUUAGAGGCAACCACAUCACUAAAAUCUUCCCUGUUGCAGCUGCACUGGUAGCUAGCAUCAGGGUGGAAACGCUACUGCCACAGGGGAAAUGUAGGCUGAAAUUAGGAAGAACCCUCUCAUUAUGAGGGUUAAGUAAUGAAACAGGCUGGCCAGGCUCAACGCCUCUAGCCUUGCAAAACUGUCGUGAUAAUCUACCCGUCUGACAACACCACUCUUGAUGGCGGGAAGAGACCCUUAGUUAUAUCCGAUUCACCAUCUAAGCCCAACAAAACACACAAUCGCAAGCUCCCUACCAAGUGCGGUACUGCAAGGUUGUUAUUUUUUAUGCAAGUAAAGCAACAGGCAAAAAUCGGUGCAAUAAUUUAGGACCAGGCAUGGUGCUCGAGAUAGGAAGACUGGGACAGCCAGACAACUGAGAAGAUCAAAGAGACUUUUAAGUUUCUUUCAGGUUCUUCUGCCUUGAUCAUCACUGUAAUACCUGUGCACCUUGCAAUAAAUAAAAUAAAAGGAGACUAAAGUGUCUCAUGUA